ACCUUAGUGUGUUUGAUGCGUGUGCAAAUUCUUUCACAUUCUAACCCACGCCUUGUUAUUCGCAAAGGUACUGCAGCCUUUCCUCGAUUAUACAAACUGUAUAGCGAGUCUUUGUAUGCAACUAAGAUUUUUCUCACUGCUGCUCUUCACGACUCUGUGAUGUUGGUACUUUGCCAGGACGAAGUUUUUCUUGAUAUCGAUCCCGCCAAGUCCCCACUGAGAUUUCCUAGUGCUGAUCGGAUUCGCAGGUUUGGCGACGAUCCAACCAGCACGCAGUACCAUAAGAGGGUAGCUGCUCAUCGCAAACUUAUCGUUGAGAAGUUGGUCCUGCUAGCUCAUAGCUUUAUCAAAGGGAUCUGUGAUGCCAUAUCUUGCUUCCCUACCGGUCUGAUCUGGUUAGUACAGCAACUAAACACGGCAUUAAUCGAAGUUAAGAGGUUGCCGGUUGAUGAAGUGAGUAUUUGA